AUGUCCUGGAGCCCCGCUCGCGACGAGAACACCCCACCUGACUCUACCCCAAUCAAGUCUUACAUGCAAAGGCGCACGACGCCUUCGUCCCAGCUAAUGUUUAAUACCCCUGUAAUUCAGCGACAAAAUAGCGACAAUUUCGCUAGCUCGUCGAAACCAGACUUCAGGAACUCCUACAACUCAUGGACUCAAGGUCCCAGUCAACCUUCUCAAUCAGCGGCGAGCGCGUCGACCGCGCAGCGCCAGCAGCAGCUUCUGGACGACGCGGAUAAGCUCCUUCUAGACGUGGCUCGCAAUUACAGCGCGAGUUCCAAGAAGGAAAUCGACGACCCGGCCACCCCGGAGCGCGCAGGCGACCCCUUCGACCGAUAUCUGCAAGGGCUGGGGUCGAAACCGAGGCCUGCUCCGCGACAGCCACCGGCGAAGGUCAUUCUGCCACUGCCUACCCGACAGAGGAAGAAGCGCAGUACCAACAACUCAGAGGUUACGAUGAAGGACCACGAAGACGACGAAGACACUGAGAGCGAGAGCGAGGAUGGAGGACUCGCCGCCUACGAGGAGACAAUGCAAAAUACCCCAGUAGGGCCGGGAGAGGUAAAGCAAGGCUGGCCUCAGGCGCCGAGUUCCAUGUCUAGUGGCAAAGGGAAAGGGACAACGACGACCUUCCACGACGAAGAAGACACGCCAGCCAGCCGUACUUUGAAGGCAGCCCUUGAAGCACAGAGGGCUAAACGCGAUGCCUUCAUUACACCACCCCGAGGGUUCAUGAGAACGAAGACCGUUGAGAUGCGGCGUUCGCCUGUGUUGGAAUCGACCGUCCAAGAACCAACCACCAACCAGGAGCCUGAUUUUGAGAUGGGCGCGACUUCGCCUCCACCCGCUGCCAGGCCGCAUACGUUCACGACACCUACUAGGCCGAUCGCGAUAACCAGAACCGUCGCGACGAUCUCACACGACCGCCGGUCUCCAGUAGGCCGACCCGAGCAACAGACGGAGGUUGAAAUGCGCGUGGUUUCGCUCACUCCCAUUUCGCCUCGAACCCUUACAACAGAUACAACCAUGAACGGCAUUCCCAACACCCAACCGGUCGAGACGGCCAGUACAUUGGUCGAAUCCGCCGUGAAGGUCCGUGGCGAGCAAUGGAGGGGUAGCCAUCAAACGUCAUUCAUCCCCUUCCCAUCCUUCGCCUCCAAUGCUCUCCAUGUACCUCUGAUGCUGCCUACUUCCUCAGCAUCCCCCGAUACUGUGGUAGAGCAAGAGCAAAAGCCUGAAGAGGAUUGCCAGCCUCCCAACAAUUGCAAUGCUGCCAUCCCAGGCGCCGCUUUGGCCGCUAUGAGACACUUUCCAGUUCAAAGCGUUCAGUCCAGCCUCAUUUAUAACCCUUCCCCCGCACUCCUAGAAUCGACGUACCUUCCCCAGGUCGCUUUCCAGCCGUUCCGACUACCGGACAUUGCAAACCCCAUCGAAGCAAACGCUAUCCCGGGAUUACCAGUCGCAGCACCCACUAUAGGCGACCAGUCUCGACCUUCAUUGGCGACCAUGGCAUCCCGAGAAAAGAAGGCACCCGGUUUGCAAUGGCGCAGGUCCGCUACCCAAGGCUGGAGACGGUACAAGGAACCUCGGAUCCGCCCUCAGCCCACGCACAGAGAGCGCCAGAGGCAGAUCAAGUUGAGGAAGGAGGCAGAGGCGCGUGUUCAAAGGCUGACUUGGGAGGAGCCGAUCAAGCCCAAAAGAAUCAUUAACUGGGAUAUGGACAGACUGCUUCAGUUAAGGUUGAGUGAGCAGCCUUGUAAUGCCAAAGCCAAAAAGCGCGCCAGGAGUCCUUUGAAGCGACCUUUGGAAACAGUACCCGAUGAAGAAGAUGACGAGGAGAGGUUGAGAGUCAUCAGACGCCGAUGCGAGCCCGUUGAGGCCCCGUCGACAGAGACAGAGUCGAGCAUCGAUGGGAAAGAGGAAGCCGAGGUGUUCGAGGAGAAGAAACAAAGGCAACGAUGGCUCCCCAGCAUGAGGCAUAUCGAUAUCGCGCUCGCGCCCCGCACGAAGCAGAUCAUAAAGGCCGGGUUAUGGUACGGGAUGGUCUUCAGUUACUUCUACACUCGAUAA